AUGACCCUCGGAAGUACUACUAUCUCACACAUUCAUUCAAUUAUCGUCAACUUCGUGGAUAAUUACGAUGCACAGUUUGACGCCAUCAAUUGGGCCACUGGUAUGGAUGACAGUAAGUUGCGCCUCCUGGUGGCAACACCCACGGGAUUUUCCGGCUGCGUGAUGCUGGUGACGCUGUUCGCAAUAGCCUAUUUCUCGAGUCGACAGAUGCGCGAUCGGUUCUACAACAGCUUCCUGGCAUCGCAUCAUCUUUUCCUGGUGUUCUACGGAAUGAUGUUCUACCAUCCGCUCAGCAACAUCAUCAAACAUCAAACAAAUCUGAAGGCGCACCCGAAUGGUUGCGAUAUUAUCGAUGACCAUGUGUUCAGGAAUGAUUCAGUUCUGCAAGCCAUUUGCAGCGAGGAACCAAAGUUCAGUGCCGGAGACAAAUCGGUUUGUUUCAUGUUUUCCGUUUCUUCAGUAAACAUCCAAACAUAUGUAACAUAUGAAUUAACUAAUUGACGCUUAUAUUGAGCUGUUCG